AAAAUAGAAAUGCAUUAAAACCUUUGUAUUUUAUUUUAACAGCAUUUUAUAUGCUUGAGGAUGUUAAAGCUCGAUUACUGUGAACAACUUAAGAGUACACCAGACUUUACUGGAGCACAAAGUCUUCAGGAAAUAUCCUUCGUACGUUGUUUAAAUUUGGCGAAUGUGCACCCAUCAAUUGGAAGUUUGGAGAGGCUUGUUUGGUUAAAUUUGUGGAGGUGCAAGAAAUUGAAGGUGCUUCCAAGUAGCAUUUGCAAGUUAAAAUCACUUGAGAAGUUAGAAUUAUCUGGUUGCAAGAAUCUGAGGGAGCUUCCAAUUGACAUUGGAAAAUUAGAGCAACUAAGAAGAUUAUAUGCUGCAGAAACUGGUAUCUCACAUUUACCCAUUUCUUUGGGAUGUUUGAGAAAUCUAGAGUCCUUGGAAGUGGGAGACACUGGGAAUUCAGUAGCUGUUGAUUUUUUUCCAUCUUCAGCUGUGAAUUUAUGCUCAUUGGAAUGGCUGAGAGUGAGUUUCAUCAAAUCACAGCAAGUAAAUCUUCCAAUUGCUCUUGGGAGUUUGACCUCAUUGAUACAAUUAGUUUUAUCAAGAAUUUGGUUUCUUGAAAGUCUAUCGUUGGACCUUGGUCAUCUCUCCAACUUGAAAUGGCUCUUCCUGGAAGAUUUGCAAAAUCUUAGAGCACUUUUAAACCUUCCACCUAGUUUGGAGCGUCUUAUUGCAAAAGAUUGUGAGUCAUUAGAAAAAAUAGUAGAUAUAUCAAACUUGAGAAGACUUGAAUGGUUGAGAAUUCCCAAUUGCAAAAGUUUGGUUGAGCUUCCAAGAUUGGAGAGUCUUGAAUCUUUAAGAUGUGUUGAGAUAACAAAUUGCAGUGGUUUGAGGAUUCCUCCAGUUGAAAAUUGGUUCCAGGCAUGUUCUGAAGGUAAUACUGUCCAGAUUUCGCUAAAUGUCGGCAGAGGUUAUGUAUGUUGCAUUAUUCCAAGACUGUUGGGGCAUACACCCAUUAACAUCAUUAAUAGUGGUUUUGAUGGUAAUGAGGAGUUUGAUGGAGUUGGUGUUAGUGUGAGAAGCAAAACCACUGGUGCUUGGAUCGUAAAGGAACCUCAGAAAUAUAUUAAGUUUGAAUUGUAUGAGGAAAUUGAAUUUGAGGUGGGAACAAGGAUUGGAGAAGUAUUGGAGGUGUACGCUCAUUUCCAUCCUCUGCAGAAGAAGAUGCUGCUUUGUUUAUUUGAAAUACAUAGAAACGAAGAUGGAGAAGUGCGUUUCUUUCCAUCCAAAAGAGGCUUGGUAGAAUUGAAAUUGAUGAUGGAACAACAGAAAAUGAAAUUAGAUUAAUGGCGGGGAUACAAGAAAGUGAUGAUUGUUCAACAAGUAGUAGUGUAGGUGUAGGUGUAGGUGUAGAAGAAGAAGAAGAAGAAGAGCAGAAGAAUUAUGGUUGGAGAAGAAGAUUUUGCAGCAGCAUUAUU